UUGUGACGUCACGUCGGGGGGGCACGCCAGUGUUCGGCCGGACGUUAACCGAGGCGGACGCGCGCCAUGUUCAAACGGUGAACAAAACAUUGACAAUGUUGUUCGAGAGCCCCAACGCUAAGUUGUACCCGGCCUUCAACAUACCGCCGCCUGUAAGAUUAAGCGGGGCGCUCGGAGGCGUGGAGGUUUUGGACGGCGGCUUGGUCGGCGGCGAGCUGACCGCCCAUGUCUUGAGCGCGCAGGCGGCCGCUCAUGCUGCCGCCACGGCCGCUGCGGCGGCCCACCAGCAGCACCAACAACAGCAAAUUGCUGUACAACAGAUAAAAACCUCCCCAUCAUCAGGCCACACAUCGCCCGCGCCGGCUCCCCCCGCGGCCACGUCCCCCUCUCCCAGCAAGUUGUUCGUCGGUGGACUCAGCUGGCAGACUAGCUCGGAGAAGCUGAGGGAAUACUUUGCCAUGUUCGGAGCAGUCACCGAUGUGCUCAUCAUGAAGGAUCCUGUCACGCAGCGUUCGCGCGGCUUCGGCUUCAUCACGUUCCAGGAGGCCGCCUCCGUCGACAAGGUGCUCGCCGUGCCCGUACACACCCUAGACGGCAAGCGCAUCGAUCCCAAGCACGCCACCCCCAAGUCCGCUCCCCGCCCUGCCAAGACCAAGAAGAUCUUCGUCGGCGGCGUCGGCCAGGACACCUCCGCCGACGAGGUGCGUGCCUACUUCGCACAGUUUGGACACGUCGAAGACGCCGUCAUGCUCAUGGACCAGCAGACGAAGCGCCACCGCGGAUUCGGGUUCGUAACUUUCCAUUCCGAGGAAGCGGUCGAGCGCGUCUGCGACAUACACUUCCACACGAUAAAGAAUAAGAAGGUCGAGUGCAAGCGCGCCCAGCCGAAGGAAGCCGUCGCGGCCGCCCCGCUGGCGCUCGGAAAAAGACUCGUGUUACGCCCCGGACGGGGCUUAGUGUACGCAGCGGGUGGUGUGGGAGCCGUGCCCACUGUUGGCGCCGCGCACGCCUACCGCUACGCGCCGUACGCGCUGCCGACAGCGGCCACCGCCGCCACGGCGCUGGUGGCGCCGCCGCAGCCCGCGCCGCCGCCCACCAUGCCGCAGUUCGGCGCGGCCUACUCGCUAGCCGGAGUCGACAUGUCCUCCUUCCAGAGCGUCGACUGGGGCGCCAUGUACGGCCUCCCCAUGUACAUCUAAACGGUAACGCAUCUAACGAAUUGAAAACCCCACCCGCCUACAGAGGUUAGGUAUUUUAUUUCUUAUACGAUAGUUCCUACGUUUUAGUACGUCGUCUUUGUCUUGCCGGAGCGGCCACGGAUCAGUAUUCUUUAAAGUAAUUAAGGUUUACGGCUCAUAUACUUAGGUUAAGUCUUUACUCGACAAGCAAUACUUGGCCCGAUGCGGGAACUAUAUCAAAGAAUACGCAUUUCGUUUUUUUUUUAAAGUUAAGUAAGAGGAUCUCAGAUACUUUAGUUUGCGGACUAAUUUUUCUUUAUGUGUUGGAUUUGUAGUGUAGUGCACGGUCGUUGGCAAUAUGACUAUUUAUACUUGACGAAUGUAUAUUGAUGAAUCUCAUGCAGCUCUGUAUAUCUCUUUAGGCAGCGUCGGUCGCCCGGUGACGGAACGCCAUUUUGUAAAUUGAUUAUCUAAAUACAUCACAAGCAUCAGUAUUAUAUUUUCGUGCCAUUCUCGCAGAAUACAAAAUUGUGCCAAACUCUGCCAUGUCAUUUUCCGAACAAGUGAGCGCUACCUUAUUUACUGAGCUAACAAUGGACGUCGAAAUAUUCUUUCCAUUUUUCCUGUAGUCCCACUCGAUAUAAUUAAUGGACGCAAUCGAGCUUGACUAACCACCCUACAAAGAAAUAUGUUAUUAUAAACGCCCUUUUCAUUUUGAAUAGAAAAACAAAUACCUACGAAUAUACCUCAAAUCUUACCAUGACUUAAUUUAUAUUCCAACAAAUCUAGAGGUAAAUGAAUGCCACGUUAUAUAAUAUGCUCUCUAGCUUCAAUUUCAUAAACUUGAUCUAACGUCAACAGUUUGUUAGCGUUUCUAGAUCGACCAGUAGUAGUUCGGUGUAAUUGUCACUUGUCGGCUUAGAUAUGUAAGGCGAAUUGUCACUGUCAGGUGACAAUUGUCAUGAUGGUAAAACCUAGCGCUCGGUUGUAACACAAUCUCCGUCAUUUGGCACCGACGAUCAUCAGCUCACAAUACUCUCGUACAUAUCUAACUGUGUGGAAAGCAAUCUCAUUACAUAUAUAUGUAUUACUUAUUUACGUAGCUAUAUACCUAUGUAGUCAACCUGUGUUGUAUCAGCGAACAUCACAUGCCUAACGCUGAUAUGGCAUAGUCUUAGUUUAAAUUAAAUACGUAUAGUAUUAGUUCAAGAUAUGCAACUAACACCCUGUCGUGACAAUAAGCUUAGUAUUAAGCCUGUAGCAUUGUCAUGGUCGCCCGUCUUUGCCUGCUUCGGCCCCAUGUUUGGGCGCCAUUUUAACAGGCAGCUGAUCCAAUGUGGUAAUAAUAUUGAAUUUUCUUAAAACUUUGGAAUUAGUAAAUAAAAAAAUAUAAAUAUAAGUUAUUGUACGUGGCAACUAAAAAAAGUAUUAAACUGGUAUGAGUUGUAAUGAUGGAUGUUUGCGAGUCUCAUAUAAUUAUUAUAGCUAUUAAAAUAUACGUAUUAUUACCACUUUGUUUUAAAAUAGCUUUAUUUGGGCUGGGCCCAUUGAAAAAAAACUGCCAAAAUUAUUUAUUCCAGCGUACUUAAUUCACGUACUUAUAGUUAAAUUUAAAACAAGAAGCAAUACGGUAGUAAAAAUUGCAAUACUGUGAUGAAUAUAGUAUUAUUCGAAUAAAAGACGAUGAUGGUUGUGUUUGUGCAAUUUCUAGGUUUAGGCGGGGCGCGGUCUCGAAAUGAGGGGUACUUAACGGUUUCAUUUCAGCAGGCAAACUCGGGCGACGUUGCGAUAAAUUUAUAAGGUAAUCCGAUUGAAGGACAGUGGUUUUACUUGACUACAAGUCUAUUCGGUUAUUUUUAUUCCAAGCUUAAACAAAAGUAACGUUGUUGAAAACUUGACUAUAAACUUGAAUUAUACAAACAUGACAAUUGUCAAUAGACACUGAAAAUUAACCAUAUUUUCCUAAAACGUCAAUCAACAAUACCUAGCUGUUCUCGAAGUGAGGAAAUUUACGGGUAUUACCAACGUCAAAUGACAAUUGUCAGGUAGCAAAGAGGCUUUAUAUUAAACGCGGUUAUUUAUCUGAAACUAAUCAGGUACAUUCCUACGAAACCACUCCACUUCGCUCGAACUGUCUUAUACGUUUUGUCGAUAAAAUUCCCGACAAACUUACGAUGUUUCCAUGGCAAUAGAGAACAGAGUUAGCGAAGUACUUAGAAACGUACCCAAUAUCAAAAGGGUAGCUAGUAUGUCUUUCUACGUAAAUUAUUUUAGUCGAACACAAGAGUCCUGCUAAAAUAUGAUCAAUAAACAAUGACAUAAUCGUCUAGCCACGCCUUCAGGCAAUUAUUAGUCAACCUAAAACGUAUUGAUCGUUUGCUAAGCUUAAUUCUCUAUAGCCAUGGAAAAUCUUUCGAUAUCUAUUCAUGAAAUAAGAGAGCUGAAUAUAAUACCCAGGCUAUAAGAAUUUAGAACUUGAAGAUUAUAAUAACAGGUAAGUGGAGGACCGCUCCACAAGAACGCUAUACAAACGUAGUCCCCAUUCUACUCUCUGGAUAUUGACUUUGAAAAUAUUUCUACACUAUUUGAUGUAUAUUAAUCACGGCUAUGCGCCUUCGUUUGACUUUUUUCGAUUUAUUAAUACAAGUUAGGAGCUUCUAAAAAUAUGGUAGCUAAUUUGUUUUCGCUCCUAAAAAUUGAAGAUAGUCAAAGGGAGAGGCAUAUUUUUGGUUAAUACAUAUUAAAUUGUUGAAUCCAGAGAGGAAAUUGGGGACUACGGUUGUAUAGAGAAGCGGCUUCCACUUUCCUCUUAAAUAGCGUUUUCGUGUUAUCUAGUUAAAUUGAUGAAGAUACUGUGGUAGUAUAUUGAGACUUAGUUCAUGAAUAUAUAUUCAAGUUUGUCGAGAUAGCAGAAUGCAUGUCGUAGCGUAGACGGCUGUAUCUUGCUGCCGGCUCGGUGGCCUGAUUUGUGAACUUUUUAUUUAUUUGACUUUCCAAUACAAGCUUUUACUGGUUUAUUUAUAAUUUUCAACUAUAUAUAUAAAAUAAUAAUAAUUUUGAUCUAAAUAUAAUGGCCAAUUGGGCUUUAAAUAUUGUCCUUGAAGGUAAAAGCUUGUGAGAAGUUGAUUUAGAUGUUAUAUUUAUAGAGAUUGUAUUUAUUUUGUUUAUUUACAUCCAAACCUGUAGAUUUCUUCACAUAUCAGGCUCACCGAAUGCUAUUAUCACAUGUAUACACAUACCUAUCCUUAUUAUUUAGCAGUAUUCUUAGUAUAAUUAGGCUAGAACUAGAACCUCCUGAGAUUAAUGACGCGCUGUUUCCUUCUGACCAAUACGUUUUACACAAACAGAUUCAGAGCGUGGUCACAACUGAUUGCGUUGAGAUUUUUUCGCGUUCAAACGAACGUGUUGGCCACGACGAAACGACCCGACUCUCACCCAGUGACACCUUUUGUAUAUUAGUAUUACUUUUCCUGAAAUUCUCAGUAUUAGAUGGUUGAUAUUAUUGUGAUGUCCUACACUCUUAGUAACCCUUGACCGCUUGCUGUCUUGCCAAAACUUAGAAGCGGUGGCCUUAGUUUUGAACUGUGUACUUAAUAUUUUCUUAAUAUAUAUCUCCUCUUUGAAAUAUCACUACUCUCAGCAGUCGUGAUGUUUCAGAAGUCUUAACAAAUUAUUUAUAUUUUUUUCUAAACACAUGUAAGUUACACUGGUAAAUGGUAUGUGCUGUCGGUCGCUGCGUUUGCAUUCGUUUGUUUUUGUUCGACAGCGGCCGGCGGCGGUAGGCUAGCAGUAGUUAUUUUGUAUUUAGCGGACUUAGAUUUUUGCCCGUACAUAACUGUAUGUAAUGGAGCACUUAGAGUACCCAAUGUGUCAUUACAUGGAUAAUAUUAGAACAAUAAAGUGUGUUUUAUUUCGCUAGCUGCUAAGCGUGGGGUAGAUAUUUUGUGCUGGGAUAUGGUAUGUUCACUUUUGUUAUCCUAUAGAUAGUUUGCACGUAUUUUGUUCAGUAGAGUGUUACGAUGGAUUUGCGAAAUCUUUGCCCCACGUAGGGCGACAAUUGUACCUUUUUAAGCGUAAGUAUGGGAGGGUGGGGCUUCAAGGAGCCGGAUGGUAAGUCGGUGUAGAGGAGGCAUGCGUAUAAUAUAAUAGUCUAGUAAGCGUCUUAUAAUCGACUAACACUUCCGCUGGACCCUGUACGGUAGCGUAAGGCAUGGUUGGCAUGGAUUUAUACGUAAACACGACCUCGGGUAUCUUCCAAUUCAUUCACUGUCAAUUCUUCAUAAGGCGUUUGCCACACGUUGGUUGUGAAACGUGCUAUUAAAGUAUUUCUUUUAAAGGUAAAACGAUUUUAGGGAGAUUCUUUCCGACCUUUUCGAUCGCAGGUUUUAUCGUCAAUGAUAUAUCGCAAGAACUUUAAUGUUGAGGAAAUGUUGUGUUUGAAUGGUGAUUGUAGAUAUCAUCACUUAUGUCUACAAUUUUUGAGUGGUCGAAACGAUCGAUAGAAUCUUUUAACUUUGAAAGAAAUAUCGGAUACGUAGUCACGUAGUUUAGACCGUGUAGUGACGCUUCGCUUGAGGCCUACAGUCUUCCUCUAGAGAAGUUUAUUUGCCAAAAGUAUAGGCCAAAACUUAGCCAAAAACUUAAUUCUUUGCUCAAGAUAACGUAGACUUUUUUGACUCAUGUUCAAUACUCAUUGUAUCAGGAAUUUGAUUUAACAGACGCCAUUUCGUGUUGUAUCGAGGUAAGGCACUAGCCAAGUUAAGGUUGAGACAAUAAUCUGAAGGGACGGCCAACUACGACGCUAGAUUAUUCUUUAUCGCCAGUUACAAUACAUUCCUCUCUAGUCAGUUUGUUAUGGAAUUAUAGAAGUUAUGUUAUUUUAGCGGGAAUCAACUUGCAGUCUAAUAAUCUUGCUCAAUACUUCUUGCCUAGUUGUACGUAGUUUGUUUGAGUAAAGCUUGCAUUGAACGUGCCAUAAUACACAGCUCGCACGACGCGCACGUAGCGGUGUCCCGUGCUUCGCAUCCAGGUACCACUGGACCAAAUGUAAACAACAUUUAAUAUAUAUUCGUAAACUAAGGUAAUAAGAUAUACAUGGAUUAAUAUACAAAUUUUGGAUUGGUAUAAUAUAAAGUAUGUUAAACAAAAGGUUAAUAUUAUGUUGUGUGUUUUAAUGUAUGGCAAAUGCUAGAGUAGUGACGUAGUGUAGCGAUUUUGAAGUUUUACAUACAUUAUAAUAUCGAUAAGUAUGACUAACCGAAAGCAAUAACAUUAUUAUUAUAUUCACUGGCGCGCGUUGCGAGCACAGAAAGAGAUAGCAAAUACAAGAAUAAGUCGAUUAAAGCACUGUUCAGAGAGCACAGCAGCGCGCGCUCCCAUGUUAGAAUAUUUAAUAUACACAAGCAUACAAUAUAAAAUAUUUAAAUAUUUUUGUAUAAUAGGAUCGGUGUAUUCAGUAGCAAGUUGGUAAUUGGUAUUUAAAAGUUAUUCGUGAUAAAUGUGCGAACACUUGUUGAUAAGUGAGAGUUUGUGAUUAACUUGUUUAAUACUUAGGCAUGCGCCGCUUAAAGGCGUGCGGCCAUCUUGUUUGCGACAUUCGACAAAAUGGCGGCGCGGUGGACACGACAUUACUUAGAUAUUAUCUGUAUAAUAAUUGGAUUUAUGAUUUAAAUUUAUUGAAUGCGCGUCUGUACUGAUGCUAGUCUAAAAUUGUGUAGUGACUUUACGCGAGUCAUUUUUUACGGACGAGAUAUAUCUGUAACGUAUGUCGUGUCCCAAGCGAGCUCCAAACAUCGCAAUAUCUAUAAAGAGGCUGUAUUGACAUUCCUUUUAUGUAUAUUUUUUGGUCGUAAUGGAGUUUGCAUUUUUUAUUUAUGGUAGAUAUACUCGUAUAUAUCGAUUAACAUAGUUUCUCAUCUAAGAUUAUGUUAGAAAUGGGCUGUUUUUUUAUUUUAUCACAUAGUACACUGAAUUGCUGUAGAUAAUACAUUGUGCAAUAUGUAAUCGAUUUUCUCUUGUAUGUGUUUCGAGGUUUCAGUAGUGGGGCGGGGUAGUAGAGUAGCGUUUGUUGACGAAAAUGGAUAUAACUAUGGUCCCUAACAUAGACUUUAAAUCUUAACAUAAGCGUAACUAGUAUGCAAAUUCCGAAAGCGUUAGAUAUAUCAAGGUGUCUAUAUCGUUUUCAAUGGAAACAAGGCUCACGUUUCACCACCCUGACAAUUGUCAUCUGACAUUAAAAGUGUGAGAUUUCGAUUGUCAAGUCUGUAAAAUAGACGCCAGACCAUCAAUCAUUUGGUACAGUAAAAUUGUCAAACGUCAACUUGACAAUUCUUCGAUAACGUUUGUCUAACCAGAAUUGUGACAGUCAGUGUCAGGUGUCAAGUUGGUGUUUUAAAAGGUCUCCGGGUAUUUCAAGAAUGUAGCAACGACAGUAAGAGGUUAUUCAGAUUUAUACUUGCUGCCUGCUCGGAUGCUUAGAUUGAUAUUUGAUACUAGUUACGCUUAUGAUAGUAACCAUUUCUAGUCGAGACAGUCUAGUGCAAUAAACUUGCAUUUUGUACAAGUCUAUGUAUUGGGAGUAAACGCUGUACCCUAGCUUUUUUGCAAAUAUUAAAAAUACCGAAUGACUUGUAUCAGUAAUGUGUGAAAUCUGUAGAUUGAUGUAUUUUUCUUUUUGGCGACGCCUUUUUUGAAUAAAAAAAAAGUAAAAGGAUGAAACUAAUGUUUUAGGAACAUCAAGUGUUAGUAUUCGUUUAACGAUACAUCUACUUCUAACUUUAAAAUAAUGCACUCUGACAACUUCAUCUAAAACGUCUUACUAGUCAGUAUCAACUUGACGGUUACCUAGCUCAUCUUUUGAAGACCACAGAUUCAAGAAAGGCGUUCGCUCCAUAGACAAUUCUAGGCAAUAGAUUCUGGGCUACUCUAGCGCCCCUAGCUAGCGCCCGCAGUAGAGCGCCGGCCGCGCGCCUCAACGCCAUAUAUGGUUCAUCUUCACUUAGAACAAAUCUUAGUAAUAAAUGGUAACAAACACAGUCGGAUUUUCAUUUAUCGCUUCCCUUCAAUAGUAACAGUAAACUGAAGUAUUUCAGUAGUUUUUGGAAUGAGCUUGCCCCAGUUGGGCGCCAGUUAGUACAACAGUUUUCUUUGGUAGUAUAGUGGAGGAGGAGAUAGAUGCAUGCAGACGGAGGUAGCAGUGGUGUGCAUGGCAGCAGCAGGAGCCCUGGAUUCAAGACGAAGACUUCGUGCUCGGUGAGACAAUACUGACUUGACGCAACUGGUGAUGGCACUUGUUUGGCUGCGUGACAAUUGGAUCCACCCUCUUUUAAAGUCAUAGAUUUGAAGGAUACAUACAUUUUACGCUCAUCUGAGGUGAAUGCUAAUAGCCACGCAGCUUUUAUUUUCGUUUAAAUUAUUGUGAUUGCGUUUUGUAAGUCGGGAUAGUUGUAGACUAUUAGAGGGCCUUUUACAUGUCCCUUUCUGGCACAUAUCAGCCAAGCGCAAGCGGGUGACAGAUCUACAGACGAUUUAGCAAUUAUAGUCGGUCAAACAAGUUUGUCAGUAGAAAAAGGCGCGAAUUUCAAAUUUUCCUUGGAACGAUAACCCUUCGGGCUUACAUUUUUUCAAAUUUUCCGCUUUUUCUACUGACGGAAAUGGCUUGGCAGACUAUAACUAUAAUAUUUUUACAAGUAUAAACGUAUAAAUUUGGCCAAGGGCCUCUAGUCUUUGGCCAAGAGUUAGGUUUAGGCUUGUAAAAAUGUUCUGAAAAGAUCCUUACAGAAGUGACUUGACACAUGAACACGUAUCAUCUAAGCAUUCGUCCCUUUAGUAAGAAAGCGACGCAUGCUGGUUUAUACAUAUACCCCCUUAUUCAUAAACGUGUACUAAAGUUACGAUGCCGCUGAUCAUCGUUUGUCCCUUUCCAUCAUACCAAUACGUCGGAAAGGCACAAACGAUGAUCAGCGGCAUCGUAACUUUAGUACACGUUUAUGAAUAAGGGGGAUAAUGUUUUCAUGCUGUAUGUAGUAAAUACAAAACAGUAUUUCCAUAAUCUUCGCAAUCUCUGUGUGUCAUGAGUGUUCCUCAAAGUUUUGAAUAUCAUAGUUUUGUCGACGCGAAAUCAGUAUUGUCAUUCACUUUCAGAUGCUGUUUCAUUGCUUAGUUAUUAGUCCCCUACCCAAAGUGCAUCCCAGUAUAAUAGUGUAGAACAUAGUUUAAAUACAUGGUUUUGGGUGCUGGCCGUUAAAAGUAGCUUAGAUGAAUGGUCUAUUAAAUUUUACGUAAAUCCUACAAAAAAUUGUGAUGAGACUUACCUUUGGGAAUUGCUUGUUUUUUGAAUCUCUGUAGUGUAGACUCCUGUAGAAAAUUAGAAUUAAUAACAUAUCAGCCGAGAGACCCCCUACAAGACACAAUCGAGUUGUGCCUUAAGUUAGUUUUCUAUUUGAAAAACGAGAAAAGUAGAUCUUUCUAGAAGUAGUACAUGGACCAAAGACUCGAUUAGUUUGAAAUAUAUUUUUUGUAUCUCUUUUCUGUUGAACAAAAUGUGAUCGAUUUUCAUAAAUCAAAUUAAGAUUUUCACAUGUAGUGUAUUUUAGAAGUUUAAAAAAGUAACGGAAAAUUUCAAGUACAAUGUAGGUACUUCGUUUUGUAGUAGUACAAAGUAAUUUAAGUAUUGUAAAUGCAUCGAUUUUAUGUCACUUGUUACACUGACACGUCUUCCUAUGAAUUGAUAAUAAUAGACUGAUGUAGUCACCCAUUUCGUAUUAUUUAUUUAAUAAUAUCCCAAUUGCCUGGGAUGCACUGAUUUCUUUAUUCUACAUAACCUAUGUAAGAGCACUUGUUUGGAUCUGUCAAUUGUUCCGCCUUUUCUAGUCUAUGGCAUUUCUUUUUCUAUUGCAAGAGCACUCGUUUGAAUCUUGUGUUUUGCCGCCAUUUUAUCUAUGACCGUUGAAUUUUUUAAAGGUCUGAAAAAGUGCUUCGGCGCCUAAGGUGCAUAAAUAGUGUUUUCUGUAGUGGAAAAGUGUUCAGUAGUGUAAAACCCCAGUACAAGGAACGGUGCAGUGCCUCGUGUGACAAUAUCAUGUUCACAGUUCAUUUAGUACCUGCGUAUCUCGCGUAGCACUGAUAUCUAUGAAAUUGUAACAUUUUCAUACAUCUUUCUCGAUACAAAUAUAUUUUAGGCAACAAAAAACAUUGGAUUAAUAAUGUAUAUUAUCUUUUCUUGUUGCCUGAAAUCAUUACUUCAGUAAGUUGAGAUAGCUUUUCUAAAAAUUGUGACUUCUGUACUAAACUAGUCAUUUGUGAUAAAUUAUGAUUAGAUUAGGUUUUAUUUUAUUUUUGUAUUACUUAGUUGAUUUUGCGUUACGAAACAAAGUUUAGUUUGUAUAGUUUUUCUCUGAACUUAAACAAUUAGUUGUUUUUUUUUUUCUAACCUAUCGUAUUUGUACAUAUUCUAGAUUUAAUGACAUUGUUAUUAAUAAUAUUUGUAUUUAAUUGUCAUGUAGGUAACCUGUAUUUAGGGGUGACUUUAGAUAUUAGGCUCUCUGAAUUUUGUCUAUGGAAUUUAAAAAUAGUUUUCUCUAUCGAUUUGAUGUAGUUAAAAAGUUAUUGGGUAUAAUAUGACUCUUUAGUACUGGAAUGUUUUAGUUCGGAAAGAAUGAUAGAACCAGUGGUGUUUACUUCGUUUCGUGGAAGUUUUUAGUAAGUUUCUUGCCGUUUUAAUUAUGUGACUUAUUCUGUUUUUUUUUCAUAUUACUGGGUUAUUAUUUAAUCGCCCAUAUCUAAAUUCAUGAAAACAUUUGAGAGAUAUUUUCCGUAUCCGUAAUACCCCCAAACUGGUUACCUCAUAAAACAGUUUUAUUUAUUUUAUAGCCUUUUAAUUUAACACUCGCUAUUGUUUUAUGACACGUACUUUAAAAUUUGUUCCAUUAAAAAGGCUUUAUCGCGACAAUAAGGAUGCCGAGUUUAAGUCAACAAUACAUACAAUUAUAUAUAUUUUUAUUAUUAGUUACCUAUCUUUAUAAAAUAGGCAUUUAAUAAUUCAACUUCCACGACUCGUAGUUAUUACCCACUGGCAUAGCAGAAUAGUGAUUGAAAACAGAAAAGAAGUGCCCCUCGAAUUUGUAUAUCACUAAACAGUAUAAUCGAUAUUAUUCAAUAUUUACAUCGUUAGUCGUAGCUGUAAUUUUGUCAAAUAUAUUGAUUUUUUACUCCUACGUAACAAUUUACGGAAAAUGAAAAAUAAAAUGUGAAAUUGCUGGUUACAGUUGUUCAUUAUAAAAAUCAAUUAAAAUAUUUAAAUGUAAUAUUUUUCAUUUUACGUAGUGACCUUUGUGUUAAUAUGCUUGGAAUUCUGUGCUUUAUAUAUAUUGUCAAUUAAUCAGUCAAUAAAUGUUUUUCUUGGGAAGCCGA